UGAAGUUGACGUCGCGACCUCUCUCUCUGUGACACUGUCUCGUAUUUAUUGUCGAGCUCCUUCAUCAACUUCAGCACAUUGGGUGUAUCGGUGUGAAUCCCCCUCGACAUAGAAAGGAAAUGGCGAAGCAAGGCGCGGAGCAUCUGCAGGAGCCAUGGAGGCGGGACCUGGAGGGAAAAGUGGUUAUGGUGACGGGGGCGUCCUCCGGACUCGGCCGCGAAUUCUGUCUUGACCUCGCCAAUGCCGGCUGCAAGAUCGUGGCAGCCGCUCGCAGGGUCGACCGCCUCAACUCCCUCUGCCACCAAAUCAAUCACCUCGCUUCUUCUUCGGUGUCCGAUUCUCGAGGUUGCCGAGCCGUGGCUGUAGAGCUAGACGUCUCUGCCGAUGCUCCCACCAUUGAGACGUCAGUACAAAAAGCUUGGGACGCGUUCGGGCAUAUCGACGCCUUGAUCAAUAAUGCGGGAGUUAGAGGUAAUGUGAAAUCUUCGUUAGACUUGUCUGAGGAGGAAUGGGAUCAGGUCUUCAAGACAAACUUAAAAGGAACCUGGUUGGUGUCAAAAUAUGUCUGCACACGCAUGCUUGAUGCGGAGCGGGGAGGAUCCAUCAUUAACAUAUCUUCAAUUGCUGGUCUUGACCGUGGGCAGUUGCCUGGAGGUGUCGCCUAUGCGUCCUCAAAGGCAGGCGUAAACACCUUGACAAAGGUUAUGGCUUUGGAAUUGGGAGUUUACAAAAUUAGGGUGAAUUCAAUAUCACCUGGCCUUUUCAAAUCUGAGAUCACUCAGAGUCUCAUGCAAAAAGAUUGGCUGGAUAACGUGGCUAAGAAAACUGCCCCUUUAAGAACAUAUGGCACGUCCGAUCCGGCAUUAACAUCACUUGUUCGAUACUUACUACAUGACUCUUCUGAAUAUGUUUCAGGCAACAUUUUCAUUGUUGAUGCAGGUGCAACGCUACCGGGUAUUCCCAUUUUCUCUUCCCUUUGAUGUUCAUGUUUUGUACUGACAUAUAACUAAGUUUCAUUAUACUGAGAUAUGAGGACAAUCUACCUCAUGCGUGAGGUAUUAGUAGUUUCUGAA